AAAUGAAUAAUAUGGAAGAAUGUAGCGGUUAAAUACAAUAUUUUACGGUUGUUCAUUUGGCAGACAUUUUAUCCAAGUGAAUUUUAUUGGACUGGAUUUGAACUUGCAACUUUGCAGGCACUAACGCAGAGCUACCAGCGGAACGGUUGUUGUAACCGAGGUUCAAUGUGCUGUUCGUUCUGAAACGCUUUUCUGCUCACCGUGGUUGUAAAGAGUGGUUAUUUGAGAUAAUGUUGCCUUCCUGUCGACUCGAAACAAUCUGACCAUUGUCCUCAGGCCUCUUUCAUCAGUAAUGUGUUUCUGCCUGCAGAACUGCCACUUACUGGAUAUUUUGUUGUUUUUCACACCAUGUUGUAUAAACUGUAGAGACUGUUGUAUGAGAAAAUCCCAGGAGAUCAGCAGCUCCUAAAAAAAACACUCAAGGUCAGAGUCACUGAAGUCACAAUAGUUUCCCCAUUCGGUUACUUGAUGUGAACAUGACCUGAAGCUCUUGAACUUUAUCCGCAUGAUUUUAUGCAUUGCACUGCUUCCACGUAAUUGGCUGACUGGAUAACUGCACCAAUGCGCAGGGGUACAAGAGUUCCUGUUAAAGUGGUCAGUGAGUGUAUACAUGCCCUAUAUACAGUUGGUUGUAAAAGUUUAGAUCCCCAAUGGAGUCUGAGUGAAAGUGGGAAAUGCACCUCUAUAUUAACUGAUCUACUCAGAGAAGGAUGGCAAUAAGUCAAAAAUGAAGACCAUAAACCAAACCAUAAAAUUUAUUUAUUUAUUUAUUUAUUUAUUUAUUUAUAUGUUUCCCUCAAUCAGUUCUUGACAUAUCUGUUAAACUCUGCCAGAAAAUGGGUAAAGAUUGAUCAGAUAUGUCACAAUAUUAAUGAUUUUAUGGCUAACUAAUUGAUUAUUUUUUGUUACUUGUGACAAUGAAGGAACAUCUGAUCUAAACCUAACAGACUAAAUGUAACACUUAUUGGCCUUUUUCAUUUUGUCUUAAGGGUGUCACAAUGGCCCAGCAGGUAGCGCUGCCUCCUCACAGCUCCAGGGUUUGAUCCUGAGCUCGGGGUUACUGUCUGUGCAGAGUUGUGCAUGUUCUCCCCAUCUCCCAAAAGCAGGCUGGUCCAGGCUCAGCCUGGCUGCGUAAAGGUGUCCAUGAGAAAGCCACGCCGGAGAGGGGGCCUCCCCGGGGGUUUUGGCGCCAGGAAAAGCGAUGCUGUUACACCUCGGGGUGGUGGAGCUCGAGGGGGCGCACAACCCCGCUCGCCCUCCCCCUACAGACUCAAAGUCUCCCCGGCGCGAGAGACCCUGACCUACGCCCAGGCCCAGAAAAUGGUGGAGGUGGACCUGGAUGGCCGGCUUCACCGCAUCAGCAUAUUUGACCCGUUGGCCAUUAUCACGGAGGACGAAAUGAUGGCACAGGACAUGGCUGAAUGCAACAGCAACAAAGAGAACAGCGAGCAGACAUCUGCAACAGUUGUGGCCAGUCCAAGCCGCAGGUCUGCAAGCCAGAAGGGCAGAAAGAAGGACUCCAAAAAUGCAUCCUCUUCCUCUCAGAACUCACACAGACAGAAUCACACGCAGCAUAACUCAGCCCAGCAGCACAAUAACAACUGCUCAGCCUUACCCGAGCCCACGUUUAGGGUUCUGGAUUCAUUUGAGCCCGUUGAUGCUCCGCCUCUCCCCACCGCCUAUUAUCGUUACAUGGAGAAGUCACAGGAGGAGCUGGAGGCCGAGGCUGAGUAUGACAUGGAUGAGGAGGACGCGGCCUGGCUAGAGGUGGUGAAUGAGAAGCGGUCAUCUGAAAGCCAGACAGCUGUAUCGGCAGACACCUUUGAACUCCUGAUGGACCGGCUAGAGAAGGAGUCAUUCCUGGAGUCGAGAAUCCCUCAAAAUGCCGUGGAUGAGGACGCCUUCUGCUGUGUGUGCCUGGAUGACGAGUGCCUCAACAGCAACGUGAUCCUGUUCUGCGACGUGUGCAAUCUGGCUGUUCACCAGGAGUGCUACGGUGUGCCGUACGUGCCCGAGGGCCCUUGGCUUUGCCGUCGUUGCCUUCAGUCUCCUUCUCGGCCUGUGGACUGUGCGCUGUGCCCGAAUAGAGGCGGCGCGUUCAAGCAGACGAGUGACGGCCGCUGGGCACAUGUAGUGUGUGCCAUCUGGAUUCCUGAGGUGUGCUUUGCAAACACGGUAUUUCUCGAGCCCAUUGAGGGUGUAAACAACAUCCCGGCAGCUCGCUGGAGGCUGACGUGCUACCUGUGCAUGCAGAAGGGCCGUGGCGCCUCUAUCCAAUGCCACAGAGCCAACUGCUACACGGCGUUCCACGUGACUUGUGCCCAGAGGGCUGGACUCUUCAUGAAAAUCGAGCCGGUACGAGAGACCACAGCCAACGGUACAACGUUUUCUGUGAAGAAGACGGCAUUCUGCGAGGCACACUCGCCGCCCGAGAAGGAGGGGUCUGAUGACGAAGAGAAUGGAGGGAGGGUGCUGGGCUGUCGGGCCAGUCGAGGAAUGAGUGCCUAUGCGCAGAGUCCUCAGCUGAUAAAGUCCUCACAAAGCAAUAAGAAGGAGCUCAAGAAGAAGAAGAAGAAGAAGGGGAAGAAAAGUCCAGAAGUAGCAUCCAAAAAAGCAUCAACGCCACUGGUCACCGUGCCGCAGAUUCCCCCACACCGGUUAAACAAAGUUUUUAAAGGUAUUAUUAUUCAAAAGAAGAAUUAUUUUAUGCAGAGGUUGCACAAUUAUUGGUUACUGAAGCGUCAGUCACGUAACGGAGUGCCUCUGAUUCGACGGUUACACUCGCAUCUGCAGGCCCAGAGGAGCGCGGAUCAGACCGAACCAGACGAGAAAGUCAGCGCUGUGCGAGAAGAACUCAAAUACUGGCAGAAGUUGCGUCAUGAUCUGGAGAGAGCGCGGCUCCUGGUGGAGCUCAUCCGGAAGAGAGAGAAACUAAAGAGGGAGCAGGUGAAGGUACACCAGGCUGUGAUGGAGAUGCAGCUGACUCCUGCUCUCAUGCUGCAGCGCUCCACUCUGGACCAGCUGCAGGAGAAAGAUGUAGCACAUAUCUUUGGACAGCCGGUCAACCUUAAAGAGGUACCAGAUUACUUGGAGUUUGUCUCUCAGCCCAUGGACUUCUCCACCAUGAGGUCCAAGCUGGAGGCUCACCAGUACCACACGCUUUCAGACCUAGAGGCUGACUUCAACAUUAUGAUCUCCAACUGCCUGCUCUAUAACGCUAAGGACACUGUGUUUUACAAAGCGGCGGUGCGUCUACGUGAUUUAGGGGGUGCGAUCCUGCGCCACGCACUGAGGCAGGCUCACAACACGGGGCUGGACCCUCACACGGGCAUGCACCUACCAGAGUCUCCACACAAAAAUGACUACUACCGCUGCACCCUGGAGGACGUGGACACCCUGCUAGACCCAGAGAACCGGCUGCACAUGACAGUAGAGGACCAGCUAAAGGAGCUGCUCGAUAAGUUGGACGUGGUGACGUCGAUGCGCUCGAGCGGAGCCCGCACACGUCGCAUUCGGCUGUUGCGCAAAGAGAUCAACAAUGUCCGCUACCGCCGUAACUCCCACCUCUCUAACGGAGACGCUAAAGAGGACGAGCAGGAUGAUGACGAAGAUGAUGAGGACAAAGACAUGGACGCUGAGAACAACUUGUCUUCAUCCUCAGACAAAGAUGAUUGUAAAUCCACACCCCCUCCAACCUUGGAACCCUCCGGUCUGGCCUUAUCCCCUCCUCCUGGAGAGACCCCACUGGAUCCCCCCACUCUCCGGCCAAUGACUGAUCCUAAAACCGCGUCCCCUUCUGAAGCCCUCAAACCAAGCACUGAGAGUCCAGACGCAGAUUCAGAGGUCGACGUGGCCUCUCAAAACUCAAGGGUGCGAGAGACCCCACCCAUGUUGUCGCCCAGCGAGGGGAAGCUGCUCAAUGGCGUCUCAAACACUGAAUCUCCUACACGUCCUGUUUCAGGAGGAGUGGGUCGCCGCACCUCCAUCCUGUUCAGAAAAGCGAAAAACGGAGCCAAGCUGCAUCGCGACAAAGACAAUCAGCUGCAGAACGGUGAGAGUAGAACGCCACAGCACCCUACCCCUCCAACUACCACUACUACCCCUCUAACCACAGAGGCAACGGUUCCACCCAUUCUCACCCCGGCCAGUCGGAGAGCUCGCAGCCGCAGCACUAGUCCUGAGGAGCGACGAGAGAAGACGCCGCCUCGCGCUAUAGAAACCGUUCUCACAAACGGAUUCAAAAAGCACAAAGAUGGUGGUUCAGACUCUGACAGCAGCUCCUCGCCCAUACUCAAAAAGGAAAUUACAUUGCCACCAAAAAAAAGUCGAGGAAAACCGGCGCUGUCCAAAGUACCGUUCCUAGAGACUGUUAACGGAGAUUCGGACUACACUGGACCAGUGGAUAUGCUGUCUAUAGAAAGCGAUGCCGAACCCGAGCCUCUGGACCUCGUGUGGGCCAAGUGCAGAGGAUAUCCGUCCUACCCUGCUCUGAUCAUAGAUCCGGACAUGCCGGAGGAGGGUGUGUUGCAUAAUGGCGUGCCCAUCCCUGUGCCACCUGCAGAUGUGCUGCGGCUCGGAGAACAGAGACAGGAGGAGGCUGGAGAGAAACUCUACCUUGUUCUCUUCUUUGACAACAAGCGCACCUGGCAGUGGUUACCUCGGGAGAAGCUGCUGCCACUGGGCGUAGACGACACGGCGGACAAACUGCGUCUGAUGGAGGGCCGAAAGACGAGCAUCCGCAAAUCCGUACAGGUGGCCUACGACCGAGCCAUGAUCCACCUGAGCCGAGUGCGCAGUGACCACGGCUUCAUCGCUUCCAGCUACCUGUAGCGAGGAUUCCUAGCACGCAUCACUACCUGAGCUCAUCACUACCGCUCAAACAGCAUACGCACAGACGGCUGCGUCCCAAUCCUCUCGCUCUACUAGUCUCGUAGAGUAAUAUUGAGAGGUGAAGUUGCUUGAAUGCAAGUUCCGUGCAUUUCUUUCCAGUGUCAAGAAGGAGUUGCAGCCAUGCUUUUGAUUUGUGUUUUUUUUUGUUUUUUUUUUCUUUUUUUAUUCUUCUUAAAGUCUGGGUGGGUUAGAGAAAAGAUUUUUAAUGAACGUAACUGUGAGGUGUGUUGUGGUUUUGUUUUUUUUGUUUGUUUUUUUUUUUUUUUUUUAAACUAGUGUCACUUUAAAUCCCGUGGUUUUGAGUGUGGACCGUCUGAAGGCUGGAUAUAGACAUCUAACGGUAUCUGUUCUCUGACAACGAUUCGCUUAAUACAAAGGAGUGAAUGAAUCAGCUGGCGAGUGUGUGUGUGUGUGUGUGUGUGUGUGUGUGCGCGUGCGCAAACGUGUGAAUGGAUCACUGCCAUGUUUCUUACAAUAGCUUUUUACUUUUUAACGUUUUACAAACCACUUCUUGUAUAUUGUUAAGACACUCGUGUAUAUAACUACUUUUUUAUCAUGAUAUCUAAUUUAAUUUGGAUCUUGUGUAUGAAUUCAGUCACCUGGAUGUAUGAAGAAACAAGAUCUCUUCUGUACAUAUUUGUUUAAAAAAGAAAGAAAAAAAAAUUAGAUCACUGGCUUGCUGCAAAAGUGUAUCCUGCUUGUCCUCGACUGUGUGCGUAUCAUUCAGUUGCCAGAAAAAAUAUAUACUUAGAGUUUGUCUGAUUUGCAGCCAGUCGUCUGUGGUUAAAUAUUAUCACUUUUUGAUACACAGAAAUGUAAUUUAUUUAUGGAACACACAGAAAGAGAGAGCGAGAGAGAGGAAGAGAGAAUUAAAUUAUAUAUUGGUUGAAGUUUCAAAUCAAAGCUUAUUUAAGGUAAACUAUUGAAAUGGGUUUUAAAAGAAGAUGGGCUUUGUGACCUUGAGUUAGUUAUGUUAAGCUUUUAAAAAUGUACGUGCUGUAAGGAAACUUCACAAACCGUUAGUAAAAAUCCCUUUUUUUGCACCACGAAGCACAGAGCCUGUAUUUAUUAUAGAACGUUGUUGAGCUUGUACCUGUUUAUAAGAUGUUUUACGCUUGUAUAAACUGCAGAUUUUACCUACUUGCCAAAUAUCCUGUCUGAAACAGUAUUUUCUCAUGUGGGGGAAAUAAAUGUUCUAUUGAAACUCUUAA